AUGGCCGAGAGCUCCCUCUACCGGCAGCGGCUAGAGGUCAUCGCUGAGAAGCGGCGGCUGCAGGAGGAGAUCCGCGCCGCGCGCCGGGAGCUGGAAGAGGAGAAACUCCGCGUGGAGCGGCUCAAGAGGAAGUCUCUCCGGGAGCGCUGGCUAAUGGACGGGGCGGCUGAGGGGACGGAGCGGCUGGAGGACUCCACCUCGAAAGACCCCCAGUCGCCCGAGGGCCAGGCUCAGGCCCGAAUCCGGAACUUAGAAGACAGCUUGUUCACACUCCAGUCCCAGCUGCAGCUGCUGCAGAGUGCGUCCACAGGUGCCCAGCACAAGCCCUCAGGGAGGCCCACCUGGCGCAGACAGGGUCACCGACCUCUCUCCCAGCCUACCGUGGAGGCAGGUCCCACAGACCACACUGAUCUGAACAAGAGAGCCUCCCUACCAGCUGGACCAGUGGACACAUCUCCAGAGUCCCCCUCAGAAGCCAGAGAUGAGGCUGUCAGGGCUCUGUCAGCCCUGAGGCUGUUCCCUGGGGCAGCAGGGGCCUCCUCAGAAGCCAAUGGCCCCUGCCCUGGACCCAGCCCCCCUCCAGAGCAGGAGCCUAGUCAGGAGCUGGCAGCAUCUAAGGGGGGCAUGGACGAGGCCAAAGGGGGUGUGGUGAAGGUGGUAUGGGAGGGGUUGAGGGCCACGGAGGACUGUGCCACGGCGGCCACGGGCCCAGAGCUAGAGGCUAAGGUAGAGGAGAUGGUGCUGGAGGCCACUGGGGACAGGCAGGAAGCUAGCUGCCCAGAGCUCCCAUCCUGGGUGAAGGAGGACAGGGGCAUCGUGGAGGUGGUCUGGGAGGGGGUGGGAGGGCCAGACAGUGGAGACUCAGAGGCCACAGGGGAGCUGGGUAGGGGCCUGAAGGUUGCACAGGCCAGCUCACCGAGGCUUCAGGUGAGACUAGAAGGAGCAGCUCCUGGAGAAGGAGGUGUUCCCAGGGGCAGCCCUGACGGUGAUGGGCCAGGGGGCUCUGGAGGAGAGGAGGGGUCUUUCAUUUGGGUGGAGAGGGUGACCCUCAGCGAGGACUGGGAGGAGCUGGGGGUGGAGGGAUUGGAAGGGCCCAGGAUGUGGGGAAAGGGGGGAGGACCUGAGAGUCCACUGGGUGCAGAGAGGGGGGCAGGGGAGGAAGCCAGGGAGGCAGGGAGCGGCCAAGCAGAGGAACCAGUGGGCGGAGGAAAGAAGUGGAGUGAGGAGAAGGUAGGGAUAGAGGAGGAAGGAGAAGGAGCAGACAUGUCUCUGAUGGCAGACAGGGAAGGAAGCAAGGACUCCUUGGAAGCAGAGAGGACGGGGGGUGAGGACAAGCUGGGGACAGAAAGGGAAGCAGCUGAGGAACUGCUGUCAGUAGCAAGAGAGGCAGUUGAGGGACCUUUGAGGGCAGAGAGGGAAAGAGGCGAGGAGCCAUUGCAAGUAGAGCUGAAAAGUGCAGAAGAGCCAGAGGCAGAGAAGGAAGAUGAAGAACCGUUGGGAGUAGAGCAGAAAGGAGAUGAGCAAAAGCUAGAGGUGACUGAAGAACCAGGGGCGUUGGAAAGAAAGGAAGGCGAGGAGUCACUGGAGGCUGAGAAAGGGGGAGGUGAGGCGCCAUUGGAAGCCGAGAAGACCCAAGCGGUCAAGGAAGAUCUGAGUCUGGAAGAGCAGAGAGAGUCUGAGGGCGGACAGGAAUGUCAGGCAGAGGAGGUGAGUGAGGCAGGGGCUCCCGUGGGGGCCAAGGAAGAGUCAAGGCCAGAAGAGGAAGAUCCACAGCCCCAGGAGAAGCAGGAAGGCUCCCUGGAGGAGGGAUCUGUAAGGCCCCAAACCCCUGCUGAGGGCCAGGGCCCCUUGGGGGACGCCACCCCCCUCCUGGCAGAGACCCCAGCCCCAGAGCAGCCUGCCGAGUGCCAGCCACUGCUUCGGGCGCAAGGGCCUCGGGCCAACCCCAGUGCCCGGCCUGUGCCCACCUAUGCACCUGCCCGGCAGCCAGAGCCGUCUGCCCCUCCCGAGGGCGAAGAGGCAAGCGGUCCUAAGCAAAAGACGUGCCAGUGUUGUGCGGUCAUGUGAGCCCACGCCCUCCACCCC